CUCUUUUUUUCGCAGUUUUAAGUCGUGCUCCAGUGCCGAUGGCUGUGGUGCGUCGAGAGCUGUCAUGUGAGGGUUAUCCUAUCGAGCUGCGCUGCCCGGGCACCGAUGUCAUUAUGAUCGAGAGCGCCAAUUAUGGGCGCACAGAUGACAAGAUCUGUGACUCGGACCCCGCUCAAAUGGAGAACACUCGCUGCUAUCUGCCUGAUGCCUACAAGAUUAUGGGCCUCAGGUGUAACAACCGAACUCAGUGUGCAGUCGUCGCUGGCCCUGAUGUUUUUCCUGACCCGUGUCCUGGGACGUACAAAUACCUUGAGAUUCAGUACGAGUGUGUGCCAUACAAAGUGGAACAGAGAGUCUUUCUCUGUCCAGGUGUAUUGAGAGGUGUGUACCAGAGUGAACACCUCUUUGAGUCAGACCACCAGUCUGGAUCAUGGUGUAAAGACCCCCUACAGUCAUCUAACAAGAUCUACUAUAUGCCCUGGACUCCAUACCGCACAGAUACACUGACUGAGUACUCAUCUAAGGAGGACUUUAUUGCAGGUCGACCCACCACGACAUACAAACUACCCCAUCGUGUGGACGGCACCGGGUUUGUGGUGUAUGAUGGUGCACUUUUCUUCAACAAGGAGCGUACACGCAACAUUGUUAAAUUCGACCUGCGAACUCGUAUUAAGAGUGGUGAGGCGAUUAUUGCUAACGCUAACUACCACGACACCUCGCCAUAUCGCUGGGGUGGGAAAUCUGACAUCGAUUUGGCAGUGGAUGAAAAUGGACUGUGGGUAAUCUAUGCCACUGAACAGAACAAUGGACGAAUUGUGGUGAGUCAGCUCAACCCAUACACACUACGAGUGGAGGGAUCAUGGGAUACGUCAUACGAUAAGCGAUCGGCCUCAAAUGCCUUUAUGAUCUGCGGAAUCCUGUACGUAGUGAAGAGCGUUUACGAAGAUGACGAUAAUGAAGCGUUGGGGAAUAAAAUUGACUACAUGUACAACACAGAGAAGAGCCGUGAAACACACCUCAGCUUUCCAUUCCCAAAUUCCUACCAAUAUAUCGCAGCUGUGGACUACAAUCCUCGAGACAAUUUGCUGUACGUGUGGAACAACUACCAUGUUGUCAUAUAUUCUCUCGACUUCGGGAACAAUGACAACAGAUUGGGCUUUGAUCCUCCUUCUUCAGUCUUGCUUCCUGAUGCUCUUCCUCCAGUACGCAGCUCCACGACUCCUCCACGCCCAUAUACGGGCACGCUCCGCCCCUCUCUCACUACUUCCACGACAACCACCAUGGCUCCGCCUCGCCGCCAUAACAACAUCCUCCCAGAAGCCCUGACACGGUCGCCUCCCUCCCUGCAGACUCCAGUCGCUGUUGACUAUUGUGCCCCACGUCUCACUGCUGAAAUCUCCUGGCCACGGACACACCAGGGACAGGUUGCUAAGCAACCAUGCCCACCUGGCACCAUAGGUGUAGCCACGUUUAAUUGUUUGCUUGGCUACUGGGAUCCGAAGGGACCAGAUCUGAGCAACUGCACCUCACCGUGGACCAAUCACAUCACUCAAAGAAUGAGAUCGGGAGAAACCGCUGCUAUAGUAGCACGGGAGUUAGCUGAACAGACCAAGGGAGAGUUGAGACCCGGAGAUGUUCCUUCCACAGUCAAAGCCAUGGCACAACUGGUGGAACUGCUGGACGUACAGCUGCGAAAUCUCACCCCGGGGGGAAAAGACACAGCAGCACGUAGCUUAAACAAGCUCCAGAAGAGAGAGCGGUCGUGCCGUUUCUUCAUACAGGCCAUGGUAGAAACAGUGAAUAACCUUCUGCAGGUGCGAUCCCAAGCGGCGUGGAGGGAGCUGUCUGUGGCCGAGCAGCUGCGAUGCGCAACCAUGCUGCUAGAUACGGUGGAAACCGGCGCCUUCAUGCUCGCAGACAACCUCCUCAAAACUGACACCAUACAGGAGAGCACCGACAACAUACAACUGGAGGUGGCACGUCUAAGUACAGAUGUUAAUCUGGUUGAUCUAAUCUUCCCUCAAUCUGGACUAACCAGCAACUCCAUUCAUCUCUCCGCCAACACACUCAAACAGCAAGGACGCAAUGGUGAGAUCCGCAUGGCGCUUGUUCUCUAUAAGAACCUCGGUCAAUAUCUGUCCACGGAGAACGCUAGCGUGCGUCUGGGCAGUGUAGCGGCCUAUCCAAACUAUUCCCUGAUAGUCAACUCACCUGUUAUUACAGCAGCUAUUAAUAAAGACAGUAACAAGGUCUACCUGUCUGAACCUGUGGUCUUCACUGUCAAACACAUACAGCAGUCGGAAGAGAACUUCAAUCCGAACUGCUCUUUUUGGAGUUACUCCAAACGCACUAUGACGGGAUAUUGGUCCACUCAGGACUGCAGACUACUCGGCACCAACCGCACUCACACCUCCUGUUCCUGCACACACCUCACUAACUUUGCAGUGCUUAUGGCCCACGUGGAAGUCAAGAAAGCGGACCAGGUGCAUGAGCUGCUGUUGGAUGUCAUAACGUGGGUGGGGAUCCUGCUGUCUCUGGUCUGUCUGCUCAUCUGCAUCUUCACCUUCUGUUUCUUCCGCGGUCUCCAAAGCGACAGGAACACCAUCCACAAGAACCUCUGCAUCUCCCUCUUUAUAGCCGAAACACUCUUCCUCACUGGAAUCAACCGUGCAGACCAGCCCAUCGUCUGUGCGGUGUUUGCGGCUCUGCUGCAUUUCUUCUUCUUGGCUGCAUUUACAUGGAUGUUUCUGGAAGGCGUACAGCUGUACAUCAUGCUGGUGGAAGUGUUCGAGAGCGAGUACUCGCGCACCAAGUACUUCUAUCUUACUGGAUACGGAGUGCCUGCUGUUAUAGUGGCUGUGUCUGCCGCAGUGGACUAUCGCAGCUAUGGAACCGAAAGAGUGUGCUGGCUAAGGUUGGAUACUUACUUUAUCUGGAGUUUCAUUGGGCCUGCUACUCUCAUCAUCAUGCUAAAUGUUAUUUUCCUGGGCAUUGCACUAUAUAAGAUGUUUCACCACACAGCGAUUCUCAAGCCUGACUCCGGUUGCCUGGACAACAUCAAGUCCUGGGUUAUAGGUGCCAUAGCUCUGCUGUGUCUGCUGGGGCUGACCUGGGCAUUUGGGCUGAUGUAUAUCAAUGAGAGUACAGUCAUCAUGGCCUACCUCUUUACCAUCUUUAACUCGCUGCAGGGAAUGUUCAUCUUCAUAUUUCACUGCAUCCUGCAGAAGAAGGUGCGUAAGGAAUAUGGCCGAUGUCUCCGCACACACUGCUGCAGCGGGAAGAGUGUGGAGUCAACCAUCUCCACUUCAACAAAGACCAGUACAGCCCGCACACCUGGACGCUAUUCCACCAACUCACAGAGUCGUAUUCGUAGGAUGUGGAAUGACACUGUCAGGAAGCAGUCAGAGUCAUCUUUCAUCACUGCUGAUAUGAACAGCUCAGCAUCUCUCAACAGAGCCUCCUACAGAGAUUCAAAAGGCAUUCUCAACAACGCGCGGGACUCCAGCGUAAUGGAUACGCUGCCGCUUAACGGGAAUCACGGCAACAGCUAUGGUGUGGCAGCAGGCGAUUACCUUACCUAUAGUUCUCGCGGCAGCGAGCCUCCAACUACGCUUGAGAAGAAGAUCCUGAAAGAGCUGACGGCAACUUACGCUCCGUCGUACCUCAACACCCAGGAGCGACCGGGAAAAGCCCACCAGGGCACCUUGACCAAUAAACUCAACAACCACCUGGCCAACGGAGGGGUCGCGGGGUCAUCGUCUAUCGCCAAAGACGACGUCAUGGUGCUCGACAACCCUGGAUCAUUUCACCGACACGACGACGGGGGCGGUUUAAGCCUGGAGCUCAUUAGGGAGGAGUCACAAGCGCCGCUCCUCCCACCGAGGCCGCCCCCUUUGGAAAACCACACCCCCUUGCACACGUUUUCAGCUCACAGGCGCCUGCCACAGGAGAACAGCGAGAGCUUCUUCCCGCUGCUCCCCAACGACACGCACACACACUCCUCGCACACACACACUCCCCGCAUGCACACACACUCCCCCCUCAGAGACUCGCUCUAUACCAGCAUGCCCACACUCACUGACCUCCCGCAUGGCACUGACGACCUCAUCAACGGUCUGCACGAUGACGAAGAUGAUGAGGAUGACGACAGCGAGGAGGAAGAGGGCAGCGAACUGCACCUGGCCAAUGGCAAAGGGGUCGUAAUGGAGGCAGACGAUGUAUACUACAAAAGCAUGCCGAACCUGGGCUCCAGGAACCACAUACAGGAACUAGAGAGCUAUUACCAGAUGGGACGCGGAGGCAGUGACGGGUUCAUCGCUCCACCUGAGAAAGAAGACUCGUCGCCUGAAGAACAGCCACCAGACCCCUCACAGCUGGUCACCAGCCUAUAGACACCGACGCACACACACAGCGUGCGUGUGUGUAUGUGUGUGUGACACAAUGCACAAGGCAUGGGAUACACUACCUACUGCACUGAUAGAGAGACUGAUUCCAGAUAGCCCCCCGAUUCCAGUACAUACGAUCACCAAAAUCCUGCCCCAGUUAGAACCAGAAACUAGUAACCCAUUCCUAUGCUAGAACAAGGACUACCGUGUGUAGGCAGGUCUUGUGGACUUCUUUCUCCUCAAUCUCCUAGGAAGCCGAUCUGCUAAGUAAAACUCUUGCGGAUCGUCAAUUCGGAGACGUGGACAAACUUUUGCUCCCUGGAUCAUUUGCAUAGAUCUCCUUCAUCCGAUGGCUGUCUGAUUCUCCUCAAAACUCACCACGGAUUGUGGAACAGACUGCAGAAAACUAGCUGCCAUUUUAGAUGACCUUGUAUGAUAAUGAGACUUUGAACUCUUCUGUCGUACUGAACUGCAUUACCCACAACUCUCUAGAAGACUUCUCUGUGAUUCUCUGCUGCACACAUUCCUUCUCGUUUAGCACCGAUUCUGAGCGUGAAAUCACAAAAGGCGCAUCUAUUCUUGAAGACUGAGGACGCAUCUUGUUUUCUUACGUUUAUUUUUCAGUAAUAAUCUCAGUUAUGGGAAAGGUAAUCUUCACUAAUUACAAAGAAAUGGAACUGUUUUCCAUGUAAAAUGUACAGAUUCCCGAUAUUGCAUAUGAUCGUAUGCAUUUCAUGUUUUUUGACAUAUUUUGCCCCUUGUAUGUGUUUUUGUAGACUAGACCAAUCCCGCAAUGCUGUGCUGGUCCUCCAAAAUACUAUCCCUGAUAACGCACAGCACAAACACACACUCACCUAUCUACAUACACACUCUCGUUUGGAAGGAUGACCGUGGCAACACUUUGUCAUUCUAAUUCUCACUGUGUCGAUGAUAACCAAGAGACUCUGGGGAAAUGACUGUUGUGUGAUUGACCACUAUUGCAGAUGGGAUCCCAAGGAUGCUGGAAUGUUGUCAUGUCAUGAGUUCUAGAACGUUUACCCUUCAACACGCCAUUUUUUUAUGUGUAAGAGCAGAAAUUCUACUUUGGAUGCAGGUUGAAGAAUUCCAGCUUACUGAAAUUCCGGUCACACGUGUUGACACAGCUAAAAUUGUUUUCAGGCUAAAAGAUGGUCUGUUAUUGUGACGAUUUCACAUCGAGUUGUGUUUUUAAGAGCUUAAUCAAGAAGAGUAAGAAAGUGAAUUGGAACAGGUGAACUGGGGGAAUCAUGAUUACGAAUCAUGUGUGGAGCAUGUCUAAACAUAAAAUAACCAUGUAAAAGAGCGGACUAGAAGGAUAGGACUUUAAUGGAGUGGUUUGGAAGAUGGAAACAACCUUGUAAAGGUCGGUUUCUGAAACUACUGUUUACUUGUUCUCAAACUGAGACUCCCUGUAGCUUGCACAUCUAUCCCUUGUUAACCCACCCUGAGAAAAUUGACUGCAUAUUUAUUCCUGUCUUGUUUUUUUAUUUUUUGUUUUUCAACAGAUCAGAAAUGUAGGAUCCUAGAGAGCGUCGGGAAAAGAAUCGGAUCGGCACUGAGACCUUUUUUAUUGUUAUUAUCAUCAAUAUUAUUAUUAUUACAAUAUCAAUGAAAUUAUUAUUUAUUCUUUUCAUAUGCAUUCUAAACUGAAUGAACUCAUAACUAAUAUUUGUUGUAACAGUGAAAGUUGUUUGCCAACAAAUAAAAUGACUGAAUUAAUAUUUACAAUAUUUC